UCCGUCAUGUGACCACAGGUCGUUUGAGGAAGCCGUGCGACGAGUUCGCUUUCAGCUUGCUCUCCUGUUGUCGGUAAUGUGGCCGGUGUCAUGGCUCUGCCAGUCGGGUCAUGUGUUCGCGCUGAGGUUUGACUCUGUUCUAUGUUUUGAAUGGGGCCGUUUUGACCCACAUUAAAUGUGUCCCCGCCAGACCAGCAGAUACAUUUCGUCCUGAGACUUAAAGAGUAGCCGAGGGUUUUGGAUAACAGUGAAGAUAGGUCACCACCACCACCACCACCACCACCAUCAUCAUCAUCAUCAUCAUCAUCAUCAUCAUGCUGCUGGAGUUGUUUUGUCUCAUUUUGGCAUCUUGUUGCACCGGGGAGGCAAAGAGAAAAAAUGUCCUUCUAAUAAUUGCUGAUGAUGCAGGUUUUGAGACGGAGGUGUAUAACAACUCUGUGGUCCACACCCCCCACCUGCGCUCUCUGGCCCAGCGCAGCCUGGUGUUCAGCAACGCCUUCACAUCUGUCAGCAGCUGCUCCCCCAGCCGUUCCACCAUCCUCACUGGCCUGCCGCAGCAUCAGAAUGGCAUGUAUGGGCUUCAUCAGGGGGUCCAUCACUUUAACUCAUUUGAUGGCAUACAAAGUCUGCCGCUGCUCCUCAGCCAGGCCAACGUACACACAGGUAUAAUUGGGAAGAAGCACGUUGGUCCCGGAUCUGUAUACCCUUUUGAUUUUGCCUACACAGAGGAGAAUAGCUCUGUCCUCCAGGUGGGGAGGAACAUCACCCGCAUCAAACUCCUGGUCCGCAAGUUUUUCCAGACCCAUAAAGAGGAAGUAAUUGAGCAAAGGCGAAAGAAAGAAGGGAAUAAAGGAGCCAGUGAUGAUAAAAGAGACGAAGAGAGACCAUUUUUCCUCUAUGUUGCCUUCCACGACACCCACCGAUGUGGACAUUCCCAGCCCCAGUAUGGAGCUUUCUGUGAGAAGUUUGGGAAUGGUGAAAUGGGGAUGGGAAGAAUACCUGACUGGACACCAGAAUAUUACACCCCAGAACAAGUAAAGGUUCCUCCUUUUGUGCCGGACACACCUGCAGCACGGGCCGACUUGGCUGCCCAGUACACCACAGUUAGCAGGCUGGAUCAGGGUAUUGGAUUAGUUCUUCAGGAGCUCAGGGAUGCCGGUUAUGAGAACGAAACUCUGGUCAUCUACAGCUCAGAUAACGGUAUCCCCUUCCCCAACGGCAGAACCAACCUGUAUCGCUCCGGGACGGCAGAACCCAUGCUGGUGUCCUCUCCGGAGCACAGGGAGCGAUGGGGAGACACCAGCCAGGCCUACGUGAGUCUUCUAGACAUCACUCCCACCAUUCUGGACUGGUUCUCUGUUCCCUACCCGCCCUACAGCCUCCCCGGCAGCCCCGCCACCCCGGUCCACCUCACCGGUCGCUCCUUGCUGCCUGCUCUGGUCGCCGAGCCCAGCCACUGGCACACCAUCUACGCCAGCCAGUCCCUCCACGAGGUAACCAUGUACUACCCAAUCCGCUCUGUCCACCAGGGGGCGUACCACCUUCUCCACAACCUGCACUACCGCAUGCCCUUCCCCAUUGACCAGGACCUGUACGUGUCACCCACCUUCGAGGACCUGCUGAACCGCACCAGGCUGAGUCAGCCGACGCACUGGUUCAAAAGCCUGGACCAGUAUUACUACAGAGAGCGCUGGGAGCUGUACGACUCCAGAACAGACCCACUGGAAACGAGGAACCUGGUAUCAGACCCAUCCUACAGUGCUGUGCUGGAAAGCCUGAGGCAGAGUCUGCAGAAGUGGCAGUGGGAGACGGGAGACCCCUGGGUCUGUGGACCAGACUAUGUCCUGGAGGAUAAACUGGAGCCUCACUGCAGACCACUCUACAAUGGACUCUGAUGGACUCUAAUGGUACAUUGUCCCAUCAUCCAGACUCUCUCAUAACCCGGUUUUAUAGAAAGACAACGUGGUUACACUAUUUUUUUUACCGUUUUUGUAAUUGUUUAACCGAGCAAAUGUAAAUGUAGAUGCACCCCUCUCUGUCUUAAUCGCCAUCUCUGUUGUUCCUCUAUUGAUCUGCUGAUUGCAGACCCGGUGGAGUUCAUGACGCAUGACCGGCGAGGUCGGUAAAUCAAUCAGGAAAAGGGUUUUUAUUGAUAAAGGCCAGUUUUUCCUCAGAGUUCCACUUUGAAGUGACAUAGAUUCACAAUCCGUCCAUGUAGAAAGCUGAAGGCUGAAAUUUCACACGAUUUGGAUCAGUAGAUUAUUCCUUCAUGAAGUCCUUUGAAGCCGUGCACACUGAUUCUUCUUUGUUGUACAUUUUUCGUCGCAUGCACUGUUGCAUACAAUGUUUUUAGACAUUCAGGAUAUUUGAUGUUUAUAAUGAGGGAGGGCAUUUGGUUUGCCUUUAGUCUGGCAAACCAGAUCUUUGAGUUUUGAUCACUUCAGUCAGUGUCUAUCUUGGUCCACUGGUGUUAAUCCGUCUCUCU